GCCGGACGCGCUGGGCGGCGGAAGUUGGUGAGCCCUCGGCCGGUGGUGGUGGUGCGGGAGCUCGGCUCUGACAAAGCGCUGGGCUCUUCAUCUCUCUUUUCAGUUGUCAAGUGGACGCGAAUAGCAUAGAAGCUUCGGCCGACGGCUGUGGAAGCCGACCGGGUGCAAAAUGGCGUGUGGCGGCUUUACGUGCUCGAAAAACGCCCUUUGUUCCCUGAAUGUGGUUUACAUGCUAGUGGGGCUGCUGCUGAUUGGGGUGGCAGCCUGGGCCAAAGGAUUUGGCAUUGUCUUCAGCAUCCACAUCAUUGGCGGGGUGAUCGCUGUGGGUGUUUUCCUGCUGCUCAUCGCCAUCGUUGGCCUCAUUGGAGCCCUCAAUCAUCACCAAGUCAUGCUCUUCUUUUAUAUGGUCAUUCUCCUCUUAGUAUUCCUUUUCCAGUUUGGAGUAUCCUGUUCUUGCUUGGCGAUGAACCGUUCACAACAAGUGGCGCUCCUGAAUGCCACCUGGAAGAUGUUGCACAACGAAACAAAGGUUGAGCUGGAGAUGAAUCUGAACUGCUGCGGACUGCUGAACAUCACAGCUGACUCUCAGCACUAUCUGAGUGAUGUUUCUUCCUGCCAAGCUCAAUGUCGGAAGAAUGUCUGCCAGACCUGCGGAGAAAAAAUGCUUCUGCACUCAGCGGAAGCUCUGAAGAUCCUGGGCGGGGUCGGCCUGUUCUUCAGUUUCACAGAGAUCUUGGGUGUGUGGCUUGCUGCUCGAUACAGGAACCAGAAGGACCCCAGGGCCAAUCCCAGUGCUUUUCUAUAGGGCUGCCGAUGGGAAUGCAGAGGGAUGCGCACACACUCAGACACAGCGCAGCACAGACAUGCACAGCCACACCACAUGUGCCAUGUAAACACACAGCAAGUACUCGCUCUACAAUCCUUUCUCAUUUUCUACUGAGCCAUUUAUCAUAUAUGCACAGAAACGCAUACACGAACAUAUGAAAUAUUAUUGUUGACAAGCAGAGACUACAAAAAAGCAUGUGGACACAACAUUCGUAAUCCAUACAGUAUUUUCUGGUGUUUGUACAGUAGUUCCUGAGGACUUUGGUUCCCUGUUUAUAACUUUUUACCUUCUUUUGUCCUGCCUGACCUCCUCGGACUUUUGUUCCCACCAGACAUAAUUACCUUGUUCUGCCUUUUUCUUAACUGAGUGAUCACCUGGUCUAGUCUGCCUUUCUCAAGUCCUUGUCCACAUACGCAGUCUCCCCAGCGUGUGGCCAAGAUGUCAAUCUGUGAACUUGCCAUGCCUCUUGCCCCCCCCCCGCCCCCAUGGUCCCUCAGGGGAUAGAUACAGCUGAAACACCACAUUCUCCAUUUUAGCCACACAGUGAGAUCCUGGCAGCGUGAUGUCAGUGCUCUAUGUUGACCAGGGGAACAUCUGCUCCGAGCCUCAGAGUGGCUUAACCUUUUCUCUAACCUGCUCCCCUUUUAAGCCUGUUUUGGACAUUACUAGGAGAAAGUCAUGCCUUGAUGUCAGUAUACAUGCCUUUUUAGUGUAGUGUAUUAUGAUGAGUGUGCCACUUAGAUAAUGAAGUUCAUAUGGUAUGUGCUAGUCUAUUUUUGUGUCUUUUUUUGUAUAAAAGUAGAGUAUGGCUUUAAAUGCUAAGGGACAGCAGUAGCCAAUGUCGUAUCUGAGAUAUGGCUAACCUGGAUGAUGGUGGAGAUGUAAAAAAUGUAAGCCAAACUCUGUGAAUGGUAGGCAUACAGGAAGCGUCUCAUGAUGUCAGCUGUAAUAUCCACGUGACAGGCAUUGAGGCCAGAUGGUCUCGACAGUCUCACUUUUUUAUUCCGCCACCUCUGUGGACAUGUGUUCCCGAAAAAAUAAUCAGGGUCUCUGACCUUUUGUGCCGAAGCAGAUGAGAUCCCUCUAGUGGGUGCAAGACAGACUACAUUAUCGGAUUCCUGCAUUGCAGAGGUCUCUUCACCUUAGCCAGGUAUAAUAAUCAUGAACCGUGUGAAAACCCUGCUCACUAUAUCCCAGCCAUAACAAACUCCUUAAAAUAUAUGCAUAAAAAUGCUCUUCAUUAUAAAAAUUAUAUUCUGCACCUUAGUUUAUGGUUUUUAUAAAUAUUCUAAUGGUAAGUGUCAUUCGCACAAUUCUAUGUAGGUGAGAUGGUGAAAUCGGGUGAUCACAUAUAAUGGUACGUUAUUGCAUCACCAUGUCAAUAAAUUGAUCAGCAAGUUAUCUAUAAGUUAUGUCCCUACAAAUGAACUGCGUGGUGUGUGGUGUAUAUGACUUUAAUGACUGCGGGAUAUUUUUGAUGAGUUGUGUCUUAAGCUUAUUGGAAAUCUAUGAAAACGGUUCCAUUCGCUGGCAUGUGGCAGGAGGGAUUCCUGAUCCAUAUGGGGAAGGGUAUGUGCUCCGCUAUGCCUGCUUCAGGAUGUUCUCUGCAACAUUUGUUGACACUUCUUUAAAUGUAAAUGGCGUACUUGUGAUAAUUUUAAAACAAGUCCAGUCCAUAUGCAUGUUUUGAUAGUUUUUAUAUGGAGUUAAACCAGAACGAGAACUCAUCUCACGUAUUUGUCGUGAUGGUUGACUAGGAUGUUCUAUGUAGAGAAAAGACAAACCCAUCACAGAAUACUCAGGCCGGUGGCAGUAUGGCUUCCGCUCUGGUUUAAAAGCGCAGACCUGCAAUACGCCUAUUUGUCACUGUAGGGUUCUUUUUGAGCUGUUUUUUUUUUGCCAAAUGAUCGGUUCGUGUCAAAUUUUAUUUUUUAUUUACACAUUUUAAGUAUUACUUUAUCCUUUUUCCCUUUGCUUCCUGAAGAAAUGAUUUGCAGAGAUAGGAAUUUAGUUCCAUGCAGUUGCAGUUACUGUAUGCUGACCCUAAAGCUCAGCUUCAAGGAGCGUCACCACAAAACCACAUGAUCUGUAUUUCUGAUUGUUAACUCUGAUGUUACUCAAAGAGAUGUAAAUUUUUCUUAAUAUUGAAAUAAAACUGCAAAGACCUUUA